GUCGUCAAAGGUUUGAAAAUCCGAUAAUUUGCAAUACUCGCCUCGAUUUCACAAAAAUCAAAAUUUCGCUAUGAAUGAACAGUGUUUCCUAUGAAGGAAUUCCGAUAUAAACAAUUUUGAAUUCUUAAAACUUAACCUUUUAACAUAUUUUCUACGACCGGUAAUUAUGAUUGGGUGAUUAGGAGCUUUCAGCAAGAUUUUGAAUAGAAAUAUUGUAGUGCUUUUUUGGAAUUUUUAAAAAAUUGAUUUGGACAUGAACUUUCGUUUGUGCUUAGUCCUCCUUUUGGAACUCUUCAUGCUUGUUAAGCAACAUCAUGCCCAAGACUCGGAAGAAUAUUAUGUCAGCUACAAUAACGAAGGCCUACCAAGUCCAAUUCUCAAGAAAGCAAUCAAUAAUUUGGUGAUGAUUCAUCCGAAGAAUUGCCCUGGAGCUUUCAGAAAAAGAAAUUCAGAUAUUUCGUUAUUACGCCAGGACCCUGUGGCAGCGUCUUUGGCAAUCAGAGAAACAAACAAUGACGGAUUUGGAUGGUCUCUAUCUGGCCUUCUUGGUGCCCUUCACAGAUUACACCAAAAUCCAUUCUCUUAUAAUGACGACGCCAUUUGAUGAUAGCACAUUUUUGCCCCAUUAACAAGAUGGACCAUUUCUCACUGAAACAUCCAAAUUCAAAAAUAUCAAAACUGUUACCGCUAAUUCGGGAAAACAACAUUCUGUUUAACUAUUGAAGACAAUAAGCUAAACUGAAUUUUCAUAUUUAAUUUAUACGAUAUGCUCUACAUACAUAUUUAUAUUUUCAUGUCUUACAACAUACA